UAAGGUCCUCCUUAAGGUUGGCGCGCAUCUAACCAGGGCGUCUAUGCCGGCUCAUAUGUAGUCCACCUUAAAUAUUACACAACCUUUGGGUAAGGAAACAAGCAGCAGUUCUUUUUUCGCAAGGCGGCGCUCAGGGUGUCAUCUCGAAGGAUAUUCUUCCUUCAAACGCUCUUCGUGGUUUGGUGAACUUUUAUGAAAGUUUGCACCGAAGCUGUGAUACUUUCUUAACUUCUGAUGGGCGUUUGGACCGAAACAAACAAGCAAACACAAAAAGUUGUUUUUCUCCACCGAGAGCUCCCUUGGGAACGCGUAGCAUCAACUUUUUGCUUCUUUUCUUCGGUGAUGUGAUUCUCCUCGGUUUGUCUGGAGCUGUUUUGUGUGGUUUUUAUUCAAGGCGGGAUUACGUUUGCCACUUUUGGGAGCGCGAGCGCGGAUCUCAACAUGCUGGCGAGCUCGGCGCUUUACGCGGCCAAGAAACGGAAGAAGCCACAGCAGAAAAUACCCAAACCGCCACCUCCCGAGGGUGCCAAAUCCAACCCAUCCAAACGGCAUCGCGACCGACUUAAUGGCGAGUUGGACAAAUUGACCAGCCUGCUUCCCUUCACUGAAGAGGUCCGGGCUCGUCUGGACAAGCUGUCAGUGCUCCGGCUCAGUGUGGGUUACCUGAAGGUCAAGAGCUUCUUUAAUGCCACCCUUAAGAAUGGCGCGAAUACGUCCAGCUGGCACAGCAAUCACAGCGUCGUGGCGGAGGAGGGAGAUGUCCAGAACACACUCACGCCACGCACUCUCACUGCCACCACCUCCACAACCACACCGUCCACCUCCCUGGUGACCUCCAUCGAUGGGGUUAGUUUCUCAGAGGGAGACCUGCUCCUCCAGGCGCUGAAUAGCUUUGUGUUGGUGGUGACCUCUGAAGGGUACGUCUUCUACACAUCACCCACGAUCCAGGAGUUUCUGGGUUUCCACCAGUCUGAUGUCGUCCAUCAAAGUGCAUUUGAGUUGAUACACACAGACGAUCGAGCACUUUUCCGCCGGCAACUUCACUUUGCUUUCAACCCACAUUCCAGCCAGGAGGAUGGCAUCGCCGAGACCAACAGUGAACAGAGCAGCAGUGAAGUCAGCGCCAACAUGAUAACCUACGACCCUCAGACCAUCCCUCCAGAAAACUCGUCCUUCCUGGAAAGAAACUUCUGCUGCCGGUUCCGAUGCCUUCUGGACAACUCUUCUGGCUUCCUGGCCCUAAACUUCCGUGGGCGUCUGAAACUCCUGCAUGGUCAGAACCGGGUGUCAGAGAAUGGGACGCAGGUUCCUCCUCAGCUUGCUCUGUUUGCCAUUGCUACACCCCUGCAGCCGCCGUCCAUCUUGGAGAUCCGUACCAAGACGCUCAUUUUCCAGAGCAAGCACAAGCUGGACUUCACGCCGAUCGGCAUCGACACCAGAGGAACAGUGGUUCUGGGUUACAGUGAUACAGAAAUCUGCAUGAAGGGUUCAGGUUACAGCUUCAUCCACGCUGCAGACAUGAUGUACUGUGCCGACAACCAUGUCACGAUGAUGAAAACAGGACAGAGUGUUACUUCCGUCUUCAGACUGCUGACUAAAAAGGGAACGUGGGUCUGGGUCCAGGCCACCGCCAGGCUUGUCUUGAAGGGAGAUAAGCCAGAUUUCAUUGUGGCCCGGCAGAGACUUUUGUCCAACGAAGAAGGAGAGGAACAGCUGCGUCUUCGUCGGCUGGAGGUGUCGUUUAGCUUCACCACUGGUGAGGCACUGUUGUACGAUCUGGUGCCAACCGUGGACACGCUCGACACUUGCUCCACCUCAAAGCAGAGGAAGCUAGACCAGUACACGGUCAACCCCAACUCGAUUCUUGGCGUCAUGCUGAACCAGGACCAGUCUGUCUACUGCGAGCUCAACAGUACCAAGACUAUGAACGACCUUAACGACAUGGCCUUCAAGGACACCCAUGCCACAGUCAGUAUUCCUGGAGAUGUCUGGCAGCACUCUUCCUCCAACCCUGCCGUUGAAAGCCUGGUGAAGUCCGAGGACACGAUCCAGGAGAUGAUGGAGACUCUGCAGCAGAUUCUGGGUGACGGUGACCUCAUAGAUACAGUGGAUGUGAGACCUGAAGAGCUAAAGAGCUGGGAAAGCACUGUAAUGAAGGUGAAAAGCAACAGCUGCGAAAUGAGUGGCAAGUUAAAUGAACUUAUUAGCGAGGACAUCUUUUUGUAUGUGGAAGAGCAGCUCCAAAAAGAGGGUGGGCUGACGUUGCCAGACCAGAUUGUUGACAGCAUCCCAGUGUUGAAUCAACAGAAUCAGGGUCUUGCUGACCCAAGCUUUAGCUGGCCUUUAGAGCCUCAGAGCCAGUUAUUCAGUGGAGAACAGAUGAUGUCUCAACAGCCAUCUCAUGUCCCGGGGAUGAUGAAACUGACCCACAUUGAGCUUCCUCAGCUGAAAUCGUCCAGUUUAAAGAGUCCAGCAAUGGAGCAUAUUGCCUCACAGCAAACACUGUCACUUUCUACUGGCAUUCAUGGUGACCGGGACCCUACAGGUGGACCUCCACCGAGCUUUGUCCCGGCUUUGGGGGCCUCCUGUGCUGGGACAUCAAAGAAAUCGAGGACCGUAAAGGAGAACAACCUAUUGUCUCUCAGACAACCCAAUCAUAUUCAAGCGGCUCAACCAAUGCAACACUGCCAUCAACAGAGAGUGUCGAACCUGCCUGUUGACCACUAUGAUCAAAUACAGGCGGCGUUCAGCUUACAGAAUAGCCAGUGGAACUCAAACCAUGCAGACGCUUUUGUGGAAAGGUACACUCAAAAUGUUUCUAAUGGACCAGUCAAAGGAGAUCCACCAGCACCCAGCUCUAUGCAGAGCCACUUGGAGCUUCCAGCUCAAAAUGGACAGAACCAGAGAGGUUCUUGGCAACUACAGCAGCAGCUAGAACCAGAGUUAAUUUCAAAUGGACAAAGGGGCAUGAACCAAUUGCCAGGAUUUCAGCCAAAUCCAGGGUUUGCACUGACCCAGAACACGCUGUCCGGACCAUUGUUAAUGCAUGGUCUGAGGGGGGCACCUGUUGGAGGUUCAAGCAGCUGUAUGUUCAAUAACAACCCCCCCUCGCUGCCUGUGAAUGGUGGGCAUGUCAGUCAGAUGCUUCCUUACCAGACAUUGAAACACGUCAACAACCACAUCCCAGACAGCCCCGCCUGCUGCUAUCAGGGUGAGGGCGGGUCCACGUCCCAUUCAGACACAGCACCGCUUUCCUGCCAAAUGACCCCAGGUGUCGACCUGGGGGGCCGGCUGAUGCAGCAACAGCAGUACCUAAAUUUCAGUGACCAGCUCAACAACCACUCAGUUGUCGGGAACAGGGGCGGGGCAUUUCCUCAUUGCCAAACGGGACCUCCUGCUCCUCAGAGAACAAACAGGAAGCAGCUGUGACUUGUGGGCUGCAAGGGAUCACAACAUGGACAACCAUCUCUAAAACAUGAACGUGCGCUUGACUGAAGAACAGAAAUGCACCUCUUUGUUUCUUGAAAAACGAAUGGUCGCCUAAAUGUUAAGGAUAAUCAAGCAAGAGACGGAAGCUCACCUGUUCGUAUGGAGUUACAUGUAGUUUUUUAAAUCAUUGAAAAUGAGCAUUGAGCUUUGACCAAAACAGAAGAUCAGUGAAAUUUGAGACCAGCCAGCAAGCCCGACAGACAAGAUUAAGGGCUCUUCAUGAUUAGGUAUAUUGUAAGUUUGGAAAUUGACCUGAGUGGUCAGUUUUUUUUUUUGUUUUUUUUUUCACUUUGAGCUAUUUCCCUGUCAGAGGUCACCACGGCAAGUCAACCGCAUGAACACUUUUGGAUUAGUUUUUACACCAGAUGCCCUGGUAGGGAAUCGCACCCAUGCUCUCCGCCACAAAAGGCUGAAGCAUGUACCACUGCGCCGCCGGGGAUGCUUCACUUAUGACAGUAGACGUCCCAUUUUUGGCACUGAUGCCCCAUUUGUUAUUUAUCCUUAAUGCAGGGGUGUCCAAACAUUUUCCAUUGCGAACCGCAUAAGGGAAAAUUGUGAGGAUGCGGGGAGAUGCGUAUUAAAGAUGGUAAAACCAAUGCAAUGCAUUGUAAAUUUGUGUAAUACUGUAUGUGAUAAUAUACUGUAUCUAAUUUCUAAUUCAUUUUAUAUUUAGAAUACUCUGAGGGCUAAUAGAAAAUGAGCUGCCGGCCAAAAAUGGCCCCCGGGUCGCACUUUGGACACCCCUGACUUAAUGGACCCUUACAAGCUGUAUAAGAGCUGAGGGGUGAUAGAUUAUUUUUGUUUCAGGUGCCAUCUCUUAACAUAUAAACACGCACAACCAAUUCGCUCUCAGAAGGAUAAAGUGAGAUAUACUUUUUUGCUGACAGUUGUGCUUUUGAAACAUGCCGUGACGACAUUCAUUUCAAGUUGUCGUCAUCCAGCCAACAUAGAAGCACGGAAUCUGCUGUGUUCGGUUUUAAAGCAAAACGUCGUUUUGGAUCUUUUUUCUCAAGUUCAUAUUUCAGUAAGGAAAAUAACGCAGACAAUGCCUCACAGUGACAGAACUGUAUAUAUUCAGACGAAAAUUAAACAAAUGUUAACUUUGCCUUUGACUUUCAGAUGUAUUGCACUCUCUCUUUAAAAAGCCUAUAUACUGUAUAUACACAUUGAUAGAAAAUUGUGUGACGCUUUACAGUAUAACAUAUAGACAACAGUUUGUCAUUUUUCUUUUUGCAACAAUGACUGUAAACGUGAAGCUGUCAUUUUGCAGCAAAAGUCCGUCCUCUUUCUUCUUUCUGUCUCGCGGUUAAUUUAGGGUUCCUGCUCAAAGCCAGAGCAUCAACGGUGCAGAAGUAAAACAACAAAGGCAGCUAUUGUCUAUUUUAAAUGAGGAUGGAUGUACAUGGAACAAAGAAAAUGGAUGAAAAGACUUCCAAUGUCUUACUGUCUGUUGGUCUUAAAAUCACUCACCACUUGGAAAAGAGUAGCAAGAGUUGUGGGGUAGCUGACAGCUCUUUGAAAAAAUGUCACUUUUUUGAAUUACAACAUGCUCACCCUGUGCAAGUGUGUAACUCCCAUAUUUCAUAUCCAAAUGGUGCGUGGUGUCUGUAGACCAGGGGUCUCAAACAUGGGGCAGCUGGAGGUAGAGUCUGGUGGGGCCGUACCGCAUGGAGUAGUCACUCUGAUUCCUUUCAACCAGAUGACUAACUUGUCAACACUAGCAGAAGCUGACAUGAGCGAUGGUAGCUCGUAAGUGGCUGUGAAUAUAAAACGUAAGUAUAAAAAUAUAAUAUUGUGGCACUCUUGAGUUGCUCAAGAGACAAUCAGAGGCACUUCAGUUUGCUUAAAGGAUGAUGCUGUUUAGUUGGGUGAGUAGGAACUCAAAAAGGCAUGCUGGGAGUGUUUCCGGCUUCCGAGCAUGCCUUGCGGUACUAAAAAGUUGCUAAAGUUACGUGGUUGGAGUUAACGUAGUUGUUUAUUGUUCCCUAUUGUAGUAGUAGUUGCCCUAUGUGGGUUUAAUUACCCGCUACAUGUUGUGCUGUGAUUUGAGUGUUUUGCCUAGGGAAGCCUCUGGACUCAUCCAGGCUUUCUGGACCAUACGUACACAAUUUUUUUAUAUCUACCGGGAAGCCACAACAUGUGCCACAAGUUUGAGACCCCUGCUGCCGAGGGAUGUCCACAUGUUCAUUCUUUUUGGUACAGAGUACCAACCCUUAAGUCAACCCUUUUGUCAACAUCCAGUACCCUCUUAAGCUGAUGUUGACAUACAGGGGUGUCCAAACCUUUUCCACUAAUGGCCACCUAGUGAAAAAGGAAAGGAUUUAAGGGCCACUUGGAUAUUUUGAAAACCCAACACAUGCAGAUAUGCUAAGAAGUUAUAUAUAUUUCAAGAAAAACUCCAUCUCUGCUUUGUGAUAUUGGUGACAAAGCUGCUUAUUAGUAUGAACUUCAGUCUUUGCUCUUUUUUCCCAGUUUGUGGUUGUUUUUUUUUAAAAAAAAUUUUUAAUUAAAAUAUGUCAUCUUUUUUAUUCAAUAAUCUUUGUAAAUUUUGUGCUCGUAAUAUUAUGACUUUUUCUCCCAUAAUAUUUGGGGUAAAAAAUGUUAUUCCCAUAUUCCCCAACCUAUUUUUCCAAAAAUGACAGCUUUAUUUUGUUUUGUUUGUUCCUCAUACUAUUACACCUUUUAAAAAUAACAUGUUUUUUCUUUACUAAGAUUACAUUAUUUUUCCCCGUAAUGUUUCAAAUUUAUUCUUGUAAAAUUGUGACUUUUUAUUGUCAGAUUUUUCCUUUUUUCUCGUAAUAUUUUUACUUUAUUCUCAUAAAAUUACAGCAAUUUUUUUUCAAUUUCUGCUGUUUUUACCGUUUUUUUUCCAACAAUGUCAGCUUUCUUCUUGUACAUUUUCUCUUGUAAUCAUGACUUUAUUCCCAUUCUAUUUUGACCUUAUUCCCAUCAUAUUAUCUCUUUUUUCCCCCCCAACCUAAUUUUAUUAUUUUGUUUGUUUCUCAUAAUAUUACGACUUAAAAAAAAUGUCUUUUGUCUUUAAUAUUUCAACUUUAUGCUACUAAAAUGAUGUUAUUUUUCCUCAUAAUAGUAUGACAUUUUACCACUUUUCUCUCUUAAUAUUUUGAAGUUAUUCUUGUAAAAUUACUGCUGACGUUUCCAUUUUUGCUUUUGCUGGGUUUUUCUGGUAAAUUAUAUUUUUAGAGCGUGCCACAAAUGGCUCCCUGGCUAUCGCCAAUCUAUUAUGCUUAGAUUGAGCAUAGGACUCAAAGUCCUUUCUUCUUUUGUAGACUUCUCAGCCAUUCUUUCACCCCCAUUUCUGCAACUAACAAAAUGAACCCAUUUCAAUUUAGUACAAAAGGAGGAAAACGAUGUAACAAACUGCCAUAGGUUGAAAAAUCCUUUAUAAUCCUACCCAUUUUCCUAGUGUCUCUGAAGAGACUUAAAAUGUACCGUAAUACAGGAUCUAUGUCAGUGGUGUCCAAAGUGUGGCCCGCAGCACAUUCUAAAAAUAUAACAAGAAAACAACAACCAAAAACAGCAAAAAUUGAGAAAUCGCCAGUAAUUGUACAAGAAUAAAGUAAUAACAUAGAAAAACUUUAGGAGAAUAAUUUAAUAUUAUGAGAAAAAAAUGAUGUCAUUUUAGUAGUUGAAAUAUUAAAGAUGUUUUUGUUUUGUUUUAAAUGCCCUUUCAUCCUUUCAUAUUUCAGUAUGUGGCCCCUGCUGGGAAAGUUUUGGACACCGCGAUCUAUUUGUGUCCCAAGAGUUUUAAAAUGACAGAAAAUGAGCAUAUGACAGUUUUGCCCUCUUGUUUAUAAAGUUAGAAUAUUCAUGCCAGCUCGGGGUCAAUUCCUCCUUUCUAGUUUAGCAGUGAGUGUCAUGAGAAAUGGAGCAGGGAACAGGAAAAAUGUCCAUUUGUACAGCUGUUGUAGUAUUUUUUUUAACAAACUAAACCAAAGUAAAUAAAACUGUCCUCUCAGGUUUGUAAAUUAAAAAAAAAAAAAACAUUCAGGUGGUCUAUCAUGUUUCAUGCUAGUACUAGUCCCAUAUUGCGGUAAUACACGUGUAUAACGACCAAGCAAAUAUAGAGAAGAUGCCCUUUGUGUAAUUUUCCCCUCCACAAAAUUUUGUGGAAAUCGGUUAAGUAUUUUGAGGUAGUGCCGCUAACAAAUAAACAUACCUACAAAUACAGGUGUAAAAUAAUGUAACCAAAGGAUUCUGAACUAGUUGGCAAACUGUGUGCAGAGUGGAAUCCCUGAGCCAGUUCAUUCACAGUCAGUUGCUGUGAAUUGUCUCCUUUAUACCUGUUUAGACUACAACUGUGUCUCUUCUGUCUGUUUGUUCCCUAUUAGAGUGUCGGUGAUUUUAUGUGUUGGAACAAAAGUUAUGUUUUUCCAAGAUAGAGGAUCCAAAGCACGCUAAAAUGAUACGGCGUAUACUUUUACAUGUCUUUAAUGAGUGGUUUUCUCUCAGUGUAUACAUUUAUGCUGGUGGUAUUGCCUGUAAAAGAAAAGAAAAGGCCAAUUAUACACUACUCACAAUUUUUUGUGAUAUUCGGCUAUCGUAUGAAAUUUUAGGAUGAGCCUAAAAUGUUCUAUAGCCUUUACACGUGAACUUAAUUCGACCUGUGGAGUUUUGUAUGUUUCAGAACUGUUUUUCGCACAACUUCCUGUUCUCUGAUAAGGAAGUGAACAGCAAAAUUUACAACAGGUGAUUUUUUUUCACAGAAAACAUACAGCUGUGUGUCUUUCUGUGACUUUAGAGAAGGUCAAAUUAGAAGUUCACCUGUAAAUUUUGUAGUGCAUUUUAAGUGAACCCGAAAGCUAAACGUCCCUAACUUUUUGUGAGUGGUGUAUAUUGUUCAAACUCCAUAUGCUGGUAUAUAUAUUUAUGUAUUUUGUUUUAACACAUUUUGUCACAUAUCUAUCUGUGGUUUUUUUUGUACAUUCACAUGCACAGCGCAUAUACGUGUGUAUACUCUGUAUGUUUGUAACUUUUCAGUUGAUUUCAUCUUGUGGAAUUGCCUCUAGCAGUGCAGCAAAGUGUCUUUUUACAGUCGCCGCAUUAAAGGUGCUGUGAUAGCA